CCAUGCCUAGGAGGGCCGGGAGCGGGCAGCUGCCGCUACCCCGGGGCUGGGAGGAGGCCAGGGACUACGACGGCAAGGUCUUCUACAUCGACCACAACACCAGGAGGACCAGCUGGAUCGACCCCCGGGACAGGUUAACGAAGCCCUUGUCGUUUGCCGAUUGUGUUGGGGAUGAACUUCCGUGGGGAUGGGAAGCAGGGUUUGACCCACAGAUUGGUGUCUACUACAUCGAUCACGUCAACAAAACCACACAGAUUGAAGAUCCACGGAAACAGUGGAGGGGGGAACAGGAGAAGAUGCUCAAGGACUAUCUCUCGGUGGCCCAGGAUGCUCUCAGGACACAGAAGGAGCUGUACCACGUGAAGGAGCAAAGACUGGCCCUGGCCCUCGAUGAAUAUGUACGAUUAAAUGACGCCUAUAAGGAGAAGUCAAGUUCUCACACAAGCUUAUUCUCAGGAUCUUCAUCCAGCACUAAGUACGAUCCCGAUAUUUUAAAAGCGGAGAUCUCCACUACGCGAUUAAGGGUUAAAAAGCUGAAGAGAGAACUCUCACAGAUGAAGCAGGAAUUGCUCUAUAAAGAACAAGGCUUUGAGACAUUGCAACAAAACACCUUUAAUAUUGGAGGGACGCGGCCUCCUUGCCGAGUGCGUGAUGUGGAAAAAUCAUUACCAAAAAGAAGAGUGAUCCACUUGCUUGGGGAGAAAAGUGCUUGCGUGUCAGCUGCUGUGUCCGAUGAGUCUGUGGCUGGAGACAGCGGGGUCUACGAAGCUUUCGUGAAACAGCCUAGUGAAGUUGAAGAUGUUCCGUACAGUGAAGGGGAUGUCACCAUCGUGGAGACUGCCCAGGUGCAGAUCGGACUCAGAUAUGAUGCCAGAAGGUCAAGUUUCAUGGUGAUUUUAGCACAGCUCCGAAAUCUCCAUGCCUUCCUGAUACCUCACACUUCAAAAGUAUAUUUCAGGGUUGCUCUGCUUCCCUCCUCAACUGACGUCAGCUGUCUGUUUCGAACGAAAGUCCAUCUAGCCACAGAAUCCAUUCUGUUCAACGAUAUGUUCCGGGUGGCCAUCUCCCAAACAGCCUUACAGCAGAAGACGCUGAGAGUGGAUCUCUGCUCUGUCAGUAAACACCAAAGUGAACAAUGCCUGGCUGGAACUCAGAUCAGUUUGGCCGAUUUACCGUUUUCCAAUGAGAUUUUCACUCUGUGGUAUAACUUGCUGCCUUCUAAACAAAUGUCUCGCAAAAAGAAUGGCGAAGAAAAUGAGGAUUCCGUAUUUCAACCAGACCAGCCGUUAAUCGAGCCUAUAGACUUGGAUGCCGUGUCAGCCCUCCUUGCAAGAACAUCAGCUGAGCUGUUGGCUGUGGAACAAGAAUUAGCACAGGAGGAGGAGGAAGAAGAAGAACCAGGGCAGGAAGAAGAGGAAAGGGGUCCAGAUGGAGACUGGUUGACAAUGCUGCGGGAGGCCUCUGAUGAAAUCGCGUCUGAAGAAGAGGCCGACGUGAAGUUGCCCGAGGGCGGUCGCCGUGCAGGAGACCUGUGCUCGCGCCCCCGCGUGCCCGAGGCGGAGGAGGACGUGGGCAGGAGAGAGGACGGCGGUGCUGAAGAGCGCGGCAGCCAGCCGCCCGGCGGGCCGUCCACCCUGGUUGAUAAAGAGACAAACACGGAUGAGGCAGGCGACACCAGCGUGGCAGUUCGCCCCAAAGACCGCAGCGGCCUGAGCACUCGGCAGCGCCCCUUUGUCCGCAGCAGCGUGAUCGUGCGCUCCCAGACCUUCUCCCCGGGGGAGCGGAACCAGUACAUCUGCAGGUUGAAUCGAAGUGACAGUGACAGCUCAACCCUGGCUAAAAAAUCACUGUUUGUGAGAAACUCCACCGAACGGCGCAGUUUGAGGGUCAAAAGGACGGUGUGCCAGCCCGUCCUGAGAAGAACGGCGCAGGAACGGCCCGUGCGCACAUCCCUCGACCUAGAACUGGACCUUCAGGCGUCUCUCACCCGGCAGAGCCGCCUCAACGACGAGCUGCAGGCCCUGAGGGGCCUGAGGCAGAAGCUGGAGGCGCUGAAAGCUCAGGGGGAGACUGACCUUCCACCGGGCGUGCUGGAGGACGAGCGCUUCCAGAAGCUCCUGAAACAAGCUGAGAAACAGGCCGAACAGUCCAAAGAAGAGCAGAAGCAGGACUUGAACGCGGAGAAAUUGAUGCGGCAAGUGUCCAAGGACGUGUGCCGGCUGCGCGAGCAGAGCCGGAAGGUGCCGCGCCAGGUGCAGUCCUUCAGGGAGAAGAUUGCCUACUUCACCCGAGCGAAGAUAAGCAUUCCGUCCCUGCCAGCCGAUGAUGUGUGAUCACAUCCCUGAAGACAUUACGUUGUCUCCUGUUCAUUCUAAGGGAGGGUACAAGACUGAACGUUUGUUUUGCUUCGGGGGGUUCUUUUUGUAAUGUAACUAUCAACUCUUAAAGAGCUUUUAUUUCACAGCAGAUUUUCAACAUGUUAAUUUGUAAAGUAUCUUGAAUGUAAUUCUUAUAUGUUUAAAAAAGAAAAGAAAUCCGAUAACCAAAACGGGCUGAUCUGGUACACGAACGUCCAGUACCUGCGUUUUGCCAACGGGCUGCAGUUUAUAAAAGUGGAACGGAGGCCGUGCCCCGUGCAUAUCCCAGUGGCCCAGCUGUUGAGAAAUGGCUCGGUUUAGCAGAAGGUGAUUUUUGCUUUUCCUUGGUUGUCCCACGAGCAGACUGAGGAUGGCAGCCGGCCGGGCGGUAUUUUUGUACCAAGGGGCAGCUCUUUGAGUUUGAGCUCAAACGUGAGUACGGUUCCAGCUCCACCUGAAACAGGUGUCUGCGCUCCGGUCCGCCACCUGUGUCAGAGCCCCUCGUUUCCUUAAAACAACUUCCUUUUUGUCCUUUUCUUUGAGUCUAAAGAAAACACACCGCCGGAGCAGUGCUCCUGGCCGCGGGGAAGGCCUUUUGAUGGGUCACCUCCUGAGCGGGGAGAGGAAGGGGGAGAGCCGGGGACCCUACACACACAAGUCACCUCCUCGGCGAGCACCUGCCGCCUCGGACGCAGCCCGGGCCCGCGUACGUGCUCCGAGG